AGGAAUUGAAACUAAAAUAAAGGAACUCUGUUUAGAUCUUUUCCCUAGCCUUAGCUGCAGUCCUCCUUUCUGACAAGGAUGUCUGGAGUCAGAGGAUGGACGGAAGGCAGGUCAUAUGGGACGGCAGGAGGUACAGGACGACGGCCACUUCCAGCACUCCAUUUAGGACAAGAGGGUUACCUCAGGGAUAAAAGCAAUCAAACAGAGGAGGCUGGAAAUUCCCAGCAGCUGAUGAGGUCUGGAGGAGAGCAAAAGAACCAACCAUCAACUUACCAACAACAGCAAGAGCGGCAUUUCAACUCAUAUGUCUUAAUAACUCCGAAUGAAAGCAGAAGAAAUCGGUUGCAGCAAAUUGCUAAGAAAGAACUAGAUGACCUGGAGCAGUGGAAGGAAAAGCACAGGCCAGGACCAAUUAAGUUGGCUCCACAGAGACUGGGUGGAAAAGAAUCAGAGGCUCAAGCAAGGCAAAAACAGCAAAUGAUGUUCGCACAAUCUAAAUACCAACAAAAGCACAAGAGAGAAGAAUAUAUGAAAGCAAGAAAAGCAGCUGAAGAAGCCGAAAUCCUGAAAAAGAAAGCCAUUCAGAGAGAAAAGGCAGAGAGACUUGAAGUUAAAAAAAGGCAACAAGAAAUGCAAAGAAGAGAGAUGUUCCUUGAAGAUCAAUUUCACAAAACCGAUGAAUUAUUGAACAGAUUGGACUCGGGUUUGCCAAAGAAUGAUUCCUGUCAGACUGCUAAUUGUGGCCCAGAAUCAACAGCAUGGGCUAGAAGCCGUAUAUAUAAGCGAGCUCUUCGAGAGGAUGAAAACAGAAGAUUGGAGGAAAUGAAGCAAGAACAACAGAGGAAGGCUCAAUUAAUGGAAUCAAAACAAAAGCAGAAGGAAGAAGCCAGGAUAAGAGCACAUCAAGAUGAACAGAGAAGAGUAAAUAAUGCUUUUCUGGACCGACUUCAGAAGAAAACACAAUCUAAUAACAUCAGCCAACCUGGAUAUUCUGGGAGUCUGGACUACUGCAGUGAUGGUGCCUGGGGGUCAAACUACUUGGAAUAAAGGAUUAAUGUUGCCAGAAGAAUACUAGAGAAAUAUUCUCUUUUAUCUGGCUUUGGCCAAAUGACCUUAUAAAAGCUCCAAGAAAGCCCUCUUUUAUCCAUGUGAUUUUUUUCCUAGCCUGAUUGCAUCUUCACACCCACUUCGUGAGUAAUCUGCAGAGACUGGUUUCUAGCUGUCAUUAUUCACACAUAUUUGAGGCAACUGGUUAUGAAAUUCCUAAUUAAUUUUUAAUAAGUGAAUGUGUCUUUUUUUUUUUUUCCUUCUUAAAUUGUUUUGCCUUUUGCAGAAUGUAAUUAUGCUAGCCUUUAGGAUCUCACAAAAAGAAGAUGUUGCAGAAGCUGCAGAAAUAUCUGUGUUUACUUUUUUACUGUGCCCAGCCUCAAAUUUCCAGUGACUUGAACAGCAAAAAAAAUAAUAGUGCUCUCUUGUGGGAGCAAAGUGCUGCUGCUUUUUCGUUGAUGUUGCUUUUUGUGUUUUGGGGGUUUUGUGGGACUUUUUAAUGUAUGUUAAACAGUAGAGAGUCAAGGAGAAGCAUGUGUGUGUAUUAUAGAUGGGCUAUUUUGAAAAUAUGUUUAGAAAAGUACAACAUUAAAGAAAUAAAACUUUAAUACUG